UUUUUUUUAGUGGUUGUUUUAUUUUAAGCUAUUGGGAUUGGUUUGUUUCCAUUCUAGUCUGCUACUAGUGUUAGUUAACUACAAUUAAAAGCUAUUAUUGACUUAACGCAAAAGCAUCUGGUAAAGAGUAAGAUCUAAAAUGACUUUUCUUCCAAAGUGGCUAACUUUUCUAAAGGGCAAAGAGGUUGUUAUUGCUAAUGCCAUAAUUGCAAUAUUGACAAUUGGUGGGCAGCAACUCUUCUCUUUCUUUACGUUCAGCUGUCCCUGUCAUGUGGGGCAGAACCUCAUCUACGGGCUGGCCUUCCUAGGUGUUCCUGCGCUGAUCCUUCUGGUUGUUGGCUAUGCUCUGAACAACCAGACUUGGAGGCUGGUCACAGGCAAAAGGUCUCCCCUUCAGGCAGAGGGCACGCAAAACCAGCUGCUGCAGUGCAAGCUGACCUGCUUUGUCCUGUGCAGCAUCACUGGGAGAGCGCUGGUCGCUCCUGUAACGUGGCUAGCGGUCACUCUGAUAAACGGCUCCUACUACGUGUGUGCCAUGAGCGAGUAUGUCUCUGUAUAUUAUUAUGGAGCUAAUCCUAACGUUACUGCUAGCGAACGCAAAAAGAUACUGGCUGCAUUCCCUUGCAGUCAGUUAAUUCCUCCAGAGCUGAGCCGGGCAAGAGAUGAAGUGAUUCUCCUACUCCGAUACCAGUCACAAGUGGCUGGCUGGCUUCUGAUUGCUGUGGUAGUCAUCACCGUCUUCCUGUCUUACUGCCUGGCAAGCUGCUUCUCCCCGCUCAGCUUCCUACACUUCAGAUACUGGACCAGCUAUGUCCAUAAUGAGCAGGAGCUCUUUGAUGAAGCGACAGACCAGCACUCCAAGCUCUAUGCCAUCCAGCACAUAAGGAAGUUUUUUGGCUUUGUCCCAGGGAGUGAGAACGUAGGAGAAAUCCGUAUCCCAUCUCUCAGAGAGUGGCAAGCCAUUUCUGGACUAGCCUUCCUAAAACUGGUGGAUGAGGAGCAUUAUGACUACAGCCUCCUCCAUGACUGGGCGCUCAAGGGUUCUGUAGACAGGAAAUACCUGAAGCUUGAUGAAGACCCUGUGACCACAACUUAGCUCUGAGGGUCUGAACACCACCAACACCUUGUAGAAAAGCAGGAAUGUAUCUAGCUCAGCUUCAGACCUGAGCUGCUGUGGAACUUUCUGAGACCUUAUUACAUAAAGCACAUGAGCAAAUACCUUGUUACACUCAUCCGUUAGGUGCUUAUAGGUAUCUCCUGAUGGCAUCUGACUCGUGUGAGAUGUGAUGGUCUACGUCCAGAUUGCUUUCUAACACUUCUGCAAAAAGGAUGAGUUUUACUGGAAAGUAGGUUAUCCCCAAAUGCUUUGUAUCCCCACCCAUUAGCUAUUAAUUUUAAUAUUUUUUUUUAGACUCUGAACAAUUAAAUUGUAUGAGCCUGAUCCAUUCUGUGCAGACUAAAAGUGUACACCCAGCAUUGUCUUACUGACCUCUAGCAGAAAUGCCUUAUUUCCCCCUUCCACUUCUUUCUUAUACUAUGUGACUAAAAUAUGCUGAGCUAACUACAAAUUCAAUCUGUGGAUAUAGCAGUACAGAAGAAACAUAAGGAAAUUUCAGCAACAAAAGCUAAAUCUAGAUACAGUGAUAAGAACUUUCAGUUCUGUUAAAAGGAUAAAAAUGCUCCCUAAGAUGCACAGGAUGGAGGGGUGCAGCAUGUAGCAGCUGUGUGUGU